UGGAGGACUCGACCUGGAGAUUUGAGGUCAUGUUUGGGAACGUUUCUUCAAACCUAACCUUCUCUCUGACUCCCAUGAGGUGCUCUUGAUCUCUCUACCAGAGCGAGAUGCUGCGGAGUCAUCCAGCUCGAUGCUGGCAUGUCCUCCGAGAAGGCUGUCGCUCGACACGACGACUGUCUACUGAGACUUCUUCCCACAGUCUUCCGCCAUGGAGACCUGUUUCGGCUCUAGACGAAUGGGUCGAACGACAAAUUCGACCGAUCAGUUUGCGCCAACUGACCUUCUUUGGGCGCACAUUGACCGAAUCCCGACUCAUCAGUUCUGCCAACUACGUGCGGACGGAGCUCCCAACCAGAAUAGCACAUCGUCUACGAGACAUCCAAAAGCUACCGUACGUUGUGGUAGCCAACCCUCACCUCUCUCUCGUCUACGAACUCUAUUAUAAGGCCUUUGAGAGAUUUCGCCGGGUACCAGAAAUCCGAACGCUCGAGGACAAUGACAACUUCUGCGAGGUAUUGCGCAAGACGCUCCAAGAGCACCUGGUUGUCAUACCAAAGUUAGCAAUGGGAGUGCUGGAGUGCCGGGACUUGGUCCCCGCCGAGGUCAUGGACCAGUUCAUGAAUACUCUACUCAGAGCGAGAAUCUCCCGGCGAGUCAUUGCAGAACAACAUCUCGCAUUGACGGAAACGUUCAACUCCCCGUGGCACUUCCCUGGAUCACAAGAUCGAACAGACCUGAAUGCAGACUUUGUGGGGGAGGUUUUCUUAAAAUGUAACGCCAAAGAAGUCGUUGAACGGUGCGGAAAUUUAGUUCAAGACAUGAUUCGGCAGAGCUCGGGAUCAGAUAAGAUCCCAGAGAUAUCUGUACAGGGCCACCUCGAUGCGACAUUCCCAUACAUGCUGAGCCACCUGGAAUACAUAAUUGGCGAACUCCUUCGGAACUCGAUUCAGGCCGUCAGUGAAAGGUAUCAUGACCUGCAGGAACAACCGCCCCCCAUUGAAGUCCUGAUUUGUGAAGCACCGCAGCAUGUAAUCUUGCGGGUGUCCGACCAAGGGGGCGGGAUCCCGCGAGAAAUACUCCCGUACCUGUGGUCUUUCAACAAAGGGCCCCAUAGCAAAGUACGGCUCGCGAAUUUAGGAAGAGUCCCCGCAAUGGCCGCCACUUUGCAGGAAUUAACUGUGUCGAAAGAGAGAAAACAUGCGGACAAGGAAACCUUUCGUGAAAGCUCCCUCGAUACCCUGACCUCGCGGCCUCCGGAUCUACGUCUUGGAAUAGGGCUUCCAAUGAGCCGGGUCUACGCGGAGUACUGGGCAGGCAGUCUCGAGCUACACAGCUUAGAAGGAUAUGGUGUGGAUGCCUUCCUUCAAAUCUCGAAACUUGGCAACAAGAACGAGCAAGUCACCACCAGAGCAACCAUUGAUGCGGUGUGAUCCACCCAACCAGCAAUGUACAAACUGUCCAAACGUCUACUCCGUAUAUAUAUAUAUAUAUAUACCCUCGGAACCCUGAAGACAGAAAACGAGUAGAAAGUCGGCUUUACGGAACAAGAUCAGGAUUUGCUAUUCCGUCUGGUCGGCCCAUGUCGGAAUGACGUCAUCUGGAAUGCACCCUCUCUUUUUGCCUUGGGAGAGUUGCAGCAGCC